UCAGAAAGGGAAUCGAUAUGUUGCAUUGAAAAAUUGCAAUUGCGGAUGUUUAGGGUAAAAGUAUCGAGUCGAAAACUCUACAGCAUCUUCAAGCUGAGAACUCUAACCAUCCCGGGCGUAAAUAUGUUUCCUCGUUGCUUCAUGGGUUUCUUUCAGAGGACCCCACGGCCACUGCACGUGCUUCGUGAGCGGCUGUAGUGUUGCUGAAUCCGAGGAGAACAGUCCGGAUUUUAUGUUGCCUUUCAACAUCGCUCGAACCAUUGCGGCUUAAGCUACUAUGGGACUAGCAUAUAUGCAUUCUUGCGGAGUUGGUCAUGGAGAUCUUCAUGCUCGCAAUUUUCUCCUUCAGCCUACUGAGCUGGAUUGCCUCAGUACCAAGGAGAUAUGUGAACAUAUUUGAGGUCCCUGUUUCCCGCAUUGAUGAGGGUCCUCUCGGCCCAGAGGCCCCUACACAUGUCGUGAUUCCACUGAAUCUGACCAUCCCCAGCAAUCAGGUUAAGAAUUGCACGGCCAAGAUUACCGAUUUUGGAUCGUCUUUCUUUCUCGGUAAAGAGCCCUCAACGCUGCAUACACCGGCUGUCCUCUGUCCUCCUGAAAUAGUCUUUCGUGGGAAGGUCAACUCAUCCGCUGAUAUAUGGACUCUGGGUUGUACUCUGUACGACAUGCUUGGCGAGAGACCCCUCUUCGAGACCUGGGCAGACGAUCCGGAUGAGGUGAUCGGGGGAGAUGGUGAGCACCUGGGCAAGUUGUCAACGAGAGUGUGGCAGCAAUGGGAGAAGAGACCGGAAUUCUUCCUUGAGGGCGGGAUCUGGAACCCGAAUUUUAGUUGCAUACAGCCAUCUGUCUUUAGACCUUUGAGUCAACGACUAUGGCAAAUGGGGAGAGGGGAGACUCUGCAGACCUGCGAGCUUGAUGAAAUGGAAAUGGAUAGUCUACGGAGUUUACUGCGGGCAAUGCUGGCUUACGAACCGUCCAGACGAAUCACAGCGGAUGGAGCGAUAAAUUCUGACUGGAUACUGAAUUAG